AUGCCGCCACAGAUCAAGCAAGAUCUCAACAGAUCCGGAUGGGAGACCACCGAUCUGCCCUCCGUUUGUGAACGGUGUCUGUCGGAUAAUCCAUACGUCCAGAUGCUGAAGGAAGACUAUGGCGCAGAGUGCAAAUUAUGCACACGGCCUUUCACAGUCUUUCGCUGGAAAGCAGACCGCACAGCCCGCCAGAAGCGCACAGGAAUAUGUCUGACAUGUGCGCGUCUGAAGAAUUGCUGCCAGUGCUGCAUGCUGGACUUGAGCUUCGGUCUCCCCAUCACGAUUCGUGAUGCCGCGCUGAAGAUGGUCGCGCCCGGUCCGCAGAGCGAGGUGAACAGGGAGUACUUUGCACAAAACAACGAGAGAGAGAUUGAGGAGGGAAGAGGACUAGAGGGAUACGAGCAGACGGACGAGAAGGCUCGGGAAUUACUACGACGACUGGCAAGCUCCGAGCCGUACUACAAGAAGCAGAGACGGCUCGAAGCAGAAAAUGCAGCAGAGGGUGGCCAGAAGCUCUUGGAAGGUGCUAGUGGGGAGGACGGUGGGCACAAGCCUGGUCCAAUCCGCACGGCAGAUUCGAAGCAGAAAUCGCAAUACGGAUCUGCGUACGGUGCAUCAUCGUCCAGGGGAGGCGCAGCCGCGGGUAGCAGCAGUAGAGGUGGGCGUGGUGGAGGAAGAAGUGGCAAAGGAUUCCCAUCAGCAGCAGCAGUGCCUAUCCAACCCAAGGACAUUCUUCCGCCAGCCGACCAAAACAUCACAUCACUUUUCGUAACGGGCGUCGAGGACGACCUUCCCGAACACGAGCUGCGAGUGCACUUCGCGCAGUACGGCGCAUUACGAUCGGUUGUCUGUAGCCACCGCUCUCAUUGUGCUUUCAUGAACUACAUGGAUCGUGCUGGUGCAGAAGCUGCGGCGGCGGCAUGCCAAGGACGAGCGGUGGUCAAAGGGGUCCCGCUUCGCGUGCAAUGGGGCAAGCCGCGCACGCUCGACUCACUGGAUCCAGAAGCGCGGAGAGCCAACGCGCAAGCUGGGCGAGGCACCCAGCAGGCAGCGAAGAGACAGGUCGGAGCAUCUGGUCAGAAGGCCAUCGCUGGAAGUGCUCCCGCGGCGGAGGACUUUGACUCCCUCGCAGCUGUUGCCCCACCACCCGGACAAGGAGAUGUAGAAUACGCUGCCAUGGCUGGGGAGUGA